CGGUCCCUUGGCCCUGCCUGACGGUUCAGUGUUCCCCCCUCCCCCACCAGCCGUGCUCCUGUUUCACUCAAAGAUGGCGUCGGCUCUAGAACCCCUGGUCUGUGGCUGCAUUAUUAGGCUUGUUGUUGUCUCCGUUUCGCACGGUUUUGGCACCUUCUCCUCGACGGCUCGACACGAAAUUCCGGGUUCCUCAUCUACCGAUUAAAUCCAAUAGGCAUGAAGGUGAUCAGCCCUUGCUGCUCCCUGGGGUGAGAUAUCUGGUCCGUCCCAGAGCUGAGAAGCCCAGACUGCUGGAAGAGUAGAAGACAGCGAGCGAGAACAAGGAAACGUGGAUGCAGAAAAAAGUCCUUAUCUUGUGGAAUGUUGUAAUCCACAGAAAACAUAUCUACUGUAUUGCCCUCACCUUUAUCAUUGAAACACAAAUUUCAUUUCCUGGAGACCAUGAUCAUCUUUCACAACUCACUUUGAGACUGGCUAGUUUGCCAGGGACAGGAAACUGACUGAUCAGGUUUUAUUGUCCGUGUAUAGGUAUUUUGCGACUGGCAAAGUGGGAUACACCGUAUUUUUGUGAAAGCCCCUCUUAUUGUCAAGAUCUACUCUACCCUACCUUGUGUGCUGUGGGAGUUUAAAUUACUAAUAGACCUGCUACUUCAUCCACUCCCCCUGCUUCUCGCCAGGGACCUUCACCUGGCUGGGAGUGGGUGGUGGGUAGACUGCAUUUUACCGGGUGGAGGCUUGGCUCAGGGGGUUUGUGCUAUGGUCAGCUGCUCAUUACCGUGCUGCUCAUACUCAGCUUCUGAGGGACUCUCUGUGCGACCCCAGGACAAGGGAUAGUAAGCAGGCAGAGGGCAAAGAGGAAGAGGAGGCGGCGGCGCUACGGCGCAGGCCAGGUGUUUCCUUGCCGUACAGUCCCUAUUUAUUGCGUGUGGUCAUUGUGGUAAGGCCUCAGGGCCCCCUCACCCACUCAGAUCGCAGCCAUGGUGAAACUGGCCAACCCAAUGUACACCCAAUGGAUCCUAGAGGCCAUCAAGAAGGUGAAGAAGCAAAAGCAGCGACCAUCAGAGGAGCGCAUUUGCAAUGCGGUCUCUAUGUCCCAUGGUCUGGACCGCAAAACAGUUUUGGAGCAGUUAGAGCUUAGCGUCAAGGAUGGCACCAUCCUUAAGGUCACCAACAAAGGUCUAAACUCCUACAAGGACCCUGACAACCCUGGGCGCUUGGCUCUGCCCAAGCCCAAAGGUAGUGGCAGCUCUGGAGGAGGAGGAGGAGGAGGGGGAGGAGGAGGAGGAGGAGGUGGUGGUGGUGGUGGAGGUGGAGGAGGAGGAGGUGGCAGCAGCAGCAGUGGCGGCGGCAGUGGUAGCUCUCACUCCCAUUCGGGGAAGAAACCGGGACUCGACUGGAACAAGUUGAUCAAGCGGGCAUUGGAGGGGCUCCAUGAGCCUAGUGGCUCCAGCUUAAAGAACCUUGAGCGCUUUCUCAAGUGCCAGGCUGAUGUGGCAGCCUACUUGUCAGGCAGUGGCUCCAUGGGGCCUGGCCUCUUCCACCAGCAGCUGAGGGUGGCCCUGAAGAGGGCUGUGGCCCAUGGACGUGUGACCAAGCAGGGUCCACUGUUCCAGCUUGUCAGCCGCAGCAGCUCCCUGGAUGACGGGACCGGGACGGUGUCUCUUGAAUCACUGCCACCUGUGCGGUUGUUGCCUCAUGAGAAAGACAAGCCGGUGGCAGAGCCCAUCCCCAUCUGCAGCUUCUGCUUGGGCACCAAGGAGCAGAAUCGUGAUAAGAGGCCGGAGGAGCUCAUCUCCUGCGCAGACUGUGGCAAUAGUGGCCACCCGUCCUGUCUCAAGUUCUCCCCAGAGCUCACAGCGCGAGUCAAGGCUCUGUGGUGGCAGUGCAUCGAAUGCAAGACUUGCAGCAGCUGUCAGGAUCAAGGAAAGAAUGCGGACAACAUGUUGUUCUGUGACUCCUGUGACCGGGGCUUCCACAUGGAGUGCUGUGAUCCUCCCCUCACCCGGAUGCCAAAAGGCAUGUGGAUUUGUCAAAUCUGCCAACCCAGGAAAAAGGGAAAGAAGCUUUUACAUGAAAAGGCAGCACAAAUCAAACGGCGCUACAACGCACCACUGGGACGGCCUAAGAACAGGCCGGGGCGGCCCUUCAAGAAGCUGGGCGGGCGUGGUCGGCGGAAGCGCUCUGCCUCGGCCAACUCAUCCUCCAGCUCCUCAUGCGAGGGUUACCCUGGUGACGAUCGGCUGCUUUUUUCACUGCGGGACGACGACGACCUGUCACAGAGCAGCCUGCGCUUCAACAACAAGACCAAGGGCCUUAUCGACGCCCUCACAAAGUUCUUCACGCCAUCGCCCGAGGGCCGCAAGGCACGGCAGGAAGUGGUGGACUACUCACAGCAGUGCCGCAUCCGAAAGAAAUCCAGUCGCAAAGGGGAAGGAGAUGAUAGGGGAGACAAUCAGGAAGGCAGCGACUGGCGUGACGACGAUGACAAACUGCCUGGCCACGAGAACCUGACGGAAAAAGACAUUGAACUGUUCAGACACAUCCAGGAGCUGGCACUACAGAAAGUCGGGGUGACAGGUCCACCAGACCCUCAGAUGCGCUGUCCAUCAGUCAUCGAAUUUGGCAAGUUUGAAAUCCAGACGUGGUAUUCAUCUCCCUACCCCCAGGAGUACAGCAGACUACCCAAGCUCUACUUGUGUGAGUUCUGCCUGCGCUACAUGAAGAGUCGCAGCAUCCUCUACCAGCACAUGAAGAAGUGCAACUGGUUCCACCCCCCUGCUAACGAGAUCUACAGGAAGGAUGAUGUCUCUGUAUUUGAGGUUGAUGGGAAUGUGAGCACAAUCUACUGCCAGAACCUGUGUCUCCUGGCCAAGCUGUUCCUGGACCACAAGACCCUCUACUAUGAUGUGGAGCCCUUCCUUUUCUACGUCCUGACCCAGAACGACAGCAAAGGUUGCCACCUGGUCGGCUACUUCUCCAAGGAGAAGCACUGUCAACAGAAAUACAACGUAUCAUGCAUCAUGAUUCUUCCACAGUACCAGCGCAAGGGCUACGGACGCUUUCUCAUCGACUUCAGCUACUUAUUGUCCAAGCGCGAGGGCCAGCCAGGGUCUCCAGAGAAGCCUCUGUCGGACCUAGGUCGGCUGUCCUACAUGGCAUACUGGCGCAGUGUGGUGCUGGAGUGUCUCCAUGAAGUCCGUGACCGGCAGAUCACCAUACGACAACUUAGCAAACUGACCGGGAUCUGCCCGCAGGAUAUCACCACCACCCUGCACAGCCUCAACAUGCUGGAGCAACGAGGAGACAGGCUGGUCCUGGUGCGAAGGGAGAAGCUGGUGGCUAGCCACAUGACUCGUCUCAAGGCCCGGCCACGGCAGCUGGAGGUCGACCCCGAGUGUCUACGCUGGACUCCCGUCAUUGUAACCAACACUGUGGUCUCUGAUGCCGAUGGAGAUGAUGACGAUGAGGAGGAGGAUGACGAACCAGAGGAAGAUAACCGGAAGGAGAUCAAACCUAGUCACAAGGUCCCACCAAUGUCCUGGCACAUACGUCAAGGGAAGAAGAGGGAGGAGGAGGAGGAAGAGGAGGAGGAGGAAAGAAAGUGCUUCCUGGGGUUUCCCAUUAGCCAGAGCUCUCCAACUUCCACUCCCAUUCGCUGUCCAGCCCCAGUCCCAGAACCACCACGACCCCCUCCCCCAACAAAUGGAGAACGCAGACCACGGGGACGCCCACCCAAAAACUGGCCAUGGGGCAAGGUGAAAGACAGCACACGGGUGGGACGGCCACCUAAGAUCCGCCCAGUGGAUGACGAGGACGAUGAAGACGAGGAGAGAACAGAGGGAGGAAAGACCACAGGCUCUACCAGCAGCCCCCCCUCCCUUUUCUCCCAGGACAGACAAGCAGAGUCCACAGCCUUUCACUCACUGGACAUGGCCAGGCACCCCUCCAUAACCCCCACAAGAAGAGGGCGGCCCCCAAGGAAAAAGAGAGGCCCUAAGCCCAGACUGAUGGAAGGGCCUGGAGAGGGGCUGGCACAGCUUCCUGUGAUUUCCAGGUUAAAUGAGGCUCCGCCUGUCAGGAAGAGCUGCUUCAGUGAAAGCAGUGAAGAAGAGGAGGAUGACGAUGAUGAAGAUGAUGAAGAGAGGAGGGCAUGCUCCCCACCCAUCCUCACCAAGCCUGCCAUGGGGCUCAAAUGCAAGAAGCCACUGAGGAAGCGUCGCUUUCGCCAGCGCAGCCACCCUCACAGCAGCGUGGUGACAGAGACUAUUUCUGAGACCACAGAGGUGUUGGAUGAGCCCUUUGUGGAUUCAGACUCAGAGAGGCCUAUGCCCAGGCUGGAGGAGGAGUCGCCCCUGGGCCACCCACUGCACCGCUACCCCCCGGCCCGGUCUGCUCUGAGGUUGUCAGACCCAGCACCCAAAAGGGGCCGACACUCCAACCUCACAGAUUCAGAGGAAGACGAGCUAACACCUGUGCUGAAGCCUGUGGCUGCUCUGCCAGCAACUCCAUCAGAGACCAUGUCGGCCAACCCUGAGGUCCCAGUCAAGAAGAAGAAAGGCUGGCCCAAGGGAAAGAGCCGCAAACCACUGCACUGGAAGAAACGGGGACCUGGAAAACCACCUAGUAGUGGGCCCAACCAACGAGCAACUGCAGACAGCCAGGCCCAAAGUGGGGAUCCCCCACCCCCCAAAAUCAAGAUGAAGCCUGGCCGCAAGCCCCGGAGCUGGUACCUGCAGCGGGCCCAGGAGGAAGCAGAGAGGCAGGAGCAGGAAAGACAAAGGCUGUUGGACCAGCAGCUGGAUAAAGAUCCUCAGCUGCUCCAGACAGAUGACCGUAACAGUAAGCGAGUCUGCAGAACCAACACUGACAGAGACAACAAACCGAAAGACUCUGAUGAAGAAGAUGACUAUCUCCCUAAGCCUGUUGAGCAGAAGGUGCCCAAGAGACGAGGGAGACCGCCGAAGAACCGCGCCCUCCGACAGCCACCACAGCCUGCCCCUAAACCACCUCCCACCUCUGAGCCAGAGGAGGAAGAGGAUGAGGAGGAGGAGACUGAAAGAGUCUGGGAGGACGACAAACCCAGCCGUCCACCGUCCCGUCCCCUGCUGUCCCCUUCUUCCACCUCAGGGCCCCGGGCCCCACAGUCCCGGCCUCAGGAUACAGAUAUGGGUGACAGGGAAGAAGACGAUGAGGAGAGGGAGGAAGAGGAAUGUGGCAGCAUGGGUGGCGGUAGUAUCAACAGGCGAGCAGCAGUCACACCAGGUUCAGGAAGCAGGCGCAGUGAAGACCAUGAUGCAGAUGAUGAAGGUGACGGACACUUGGAGGACAAGAGCAACAACAGCAGUAAGAAGAGGAAAAGUCAGGACUCUGAAGAUGAAGAUGAUGAUGAUGAAGACGAGGAGGAGCCUGCCUCCCGUGCAAGCUCUCCUCCAGUCAAAGAAGAACCCCAAGGUGGAGAGGCUUUUUUAGACAUGGAGAACAGCGUGGCCCGGGACUAUGUCAGCAAGCAGGAGGAGGAAGAAGAGGAGGAGGAGGAGGCUGAGGAGGAGGUGCAGGAGGCCAAGUGUCGGCCCUCCUCAGCCGACCCACAGCAGGAGGAGAGGCGGCGCAGAGAGCAGGAGGAGUCUGCUGCAGCAGCUGCGGCAGUGGAAACUGUUACGGCCAUGUCUGUUCCCUCUGAGCCCAUGGCGCUCCAGCCUCUGCACCCGGACGACAAGGACGUCACGCUUUUGAUGGAACCCCAACACACACAUCCGCACUCCCACCCUCACCAGCACUCUGACUUCAAAGAGGAGCUGGGCCACCAUCACCCACACCACCCCCAUCACCACUCCAAUGAGCUGGACCUGGAGACUAUGCAGGCCGUCCAGUCCCUGACACAGGGGGAAGCGCAGGACGAAGAGACUGAACCCCAGCCACACCACGGGGCCUACCAGGACUGUGAGGAGACACUAGCUGCCUGCCGGACCCUGCAGAGCUACAGCCACACAGGGGAGGCCGAGGAAGAGGCCCUGGCCUUAGUGGAGGAGUGUGGGGCCUCCCAACACAGCAGCCCCCUCCCUAAUCCCCCAGUGCCGCCCCUGCCCAGUCAAUCUGUGCGCUCAGUGAACAGUCCGGGUUUGCCCUCAAGCAUCAUGGACACAACACCAGCAGGGCAGAGGGGAGGGACACCUGGCCCCACUGGAACUGGGGGCAGUAGUGGUGGUGGUGCUGGAGGGGGGUACACCCAGAUCACGCCAGAGCAUCCCAGUUCUCUGUCUGCCCCCUCCCAGCAGAAUAUGGAGACGUCGCCAAUGAUGGAUGUGCCGUCUGUGUCCGACCACUCGCAGCAGGUGGUGGACAGUGGCUUCAGUGACCUCGGCAGCAUAGAGAGCACUACAGAGAACUAUGACAACCCCAGCAGUUAUGACUCCACCAUGGGCGGAGGGGGCAAUGGAACGGGGAAUGGGGGGAACGGAGGGGGAUUGUCAGCUGCUGUAGUUGCAGGAGCUUCCACAGCUUCCUCGUCAUCAGCCUCCUCUUCUUCAAGCUCGGCCACCCCGUCCUCCUCCCAGUCUAACAGCUGCUCCUUUGUGCCAGCCCCCAGCCUCACAUCUUCUACAGGAACUGGAGGAUCCCAACUAGCGAUGGGCAGCUGUAGCCUCAUCCAGCAAACAGGACCAGUUCCCAACAGUGGACCAGGUGCCAGUAAUGUAGGCAGUGCUGUGCCCCAGCCCCCACCACCCCCGCCGCCAUCAAACACCCCUAGCUGUGGCAUUAAGUCUCCUCAGAGCUGUGGUGUGAUCGAGAGGCCUCCUAGCACCAACCAGCAGCAACAGCAGCAAUCUCAAAAAAAGGUUCCUCAGCAGCAGCAACAAGCCCCCAACCCUCAGCCUCCGCCAUCAGCUCCACCACCACCACCGCAGCAACAACAGCAGGCCCUGUCCCAGUGUAGCAUGGGCAAUGGCUUCGCCUCUACACCCAUGAUCAUGGAGAUACCUGAGAGCGGAGGUGGAGGGGGGGGCCGUACCCUGUAUGAGCGCAUGGGUCAGGACUUUGGCACAGGGGGCUACCCCCAGCCAUCAGCAACCUUCAGCCUGGCUAAACUCCAGCAGCUCACAAACACCAUCAUGGACCCCCAUGCCAUGCCCUACUCUCAUUCAGCCUCUGUCACUUCCUACGCCACCAGUGUUUCUCUCUCCAACCCCGGGCUGGCCCCGUCACCCCACACUCCCCUCCCUCAGGGCCAGCCCACUAUGACCCCACCACCUAACCUUAGCUCUGGCUCCAUGAACUUGGGCUCCCUGCAGCUGCAGUGCAACAUGCCCACUACCAACAUCGGUCUGGGACCCCCGCCGCACACGCAGCGGCUACAGGGCCAGAUGGCUACAGUCAAAGGCCAUAUUUCCAUCCGGUCCAAAGCCACUCAACAGCUGGCCCCAGCCCCACACCAGCAGCAGCUCUAUGGCCGCAGCUCAGGGGCCGUGGCCAUGCAGGGCACACCACGCACCUUGGCUGUGCAGCGCGGUAUGAUGCCAAACCUAAUGCCCACGCCGGCACCAUACAAUUCCAUGAACAUGACACCACUUAAUGCCAUGUCUGCAGGCUACCGAAUGCCCCAACCCAUGAUGAACAGUGGUUAUCACGGCAAUCCCCCUUACAUGAAUCAGCCAGCUCAGUACCCCAUGCAAAUGCAGAUGGGCAUGAUGGGAGGGCAGGGUUACCCUCAGCAGCCUAUGCAGCCCAAUCACCACAGCAACAUGAUGUACACUGGUCCCUCCCAUCACAGCUAUGCUGGUGUUCCAAAACAGUCACCUUACAUGAGCAGAUGAGCAGCUAAGAACUGAAAAAGGACACAUGGGUCCAGAGCUGAUACUCGCUGUACUCUAAAUGUCCAUUACUCCUGUUCACCUUCCCUUCAGUGCCAUGGCAGGCACCAGGGAAUGUAGGUGAUUGGAGACAGAUAGGGUCUUUGGGUUUCCUGUUUUUCUAUGUUGUCAUUUUGUCCCUUUUUAUUUGGGCUCGUUUCCCCUCCCCUCCCAGCUGGCUGUGUAUGGGAGCAAGUCGGUAGGAUUCCAGCUUGCGGUGUGUACAUGGACCUCUGUCAUGCUAUGCUGCUUCAGGCCAGGCUUACACAGUCCUCUGUAAUGUGGUUUCACACAGGCCCAGGAGUCUCCUCCUCCUCAUGAUGUGCCGGAGGAGAGUAGGGGAGGACAAGAAUGACGAGGAAGAUACACAGAGAAAGACAAUACAGGAGUACCUUUCUUUGUCAGACUGCGAAUGAAAAAACUGAAUAUAUUCAACCAUGCACACAAUCUUUUAAUUGAUAUAGGAAGCCUUACCUUGAAAAAAGAGACAAUGAAACAUUGUAGGCGGACUCUUGUUUUGUUAAACAUAAUAUUGAAUCUUAUUUUUGUUGUUGUUUUUUGUUUGUUGUUUUUUGAAAUACUCGUGUGCAGUCCGACCUCUUAUAUGCUUUGGUCUUUAUAUGUGUGGCAUUCUGAAAUGGUGAUACACCCUCUUGCUCUCUCAGAAAUACCCAAACAUCUUCGUGGCCACUUGGUCAGACGGCUUUUCACCCAGUUCCAGAAAAGCAGAGGAGCGGGGCCUUCGAUGUUUGAGGUGCUGAGCUGUUUCCAGAGUCUCUGUCUUCCCGGAUGGACGGUGUUGUACCAAAAACAGCAAAGACACAGAAGAGACAAGCGCGUUACGGUCUUAUUAUAUGUCCAUAAAUGAAACAAGUAGCAUUAUUUUCCAGUUUGCUGCCACUCUAAAACGUUUAGAUGUAAAUAUUCUGGUACUUCCCAAUAUCCAGCACACACAUACUGUCACACACAAACACACACUGGCUAGCUGUCUCCAAUUGGUGGCUAGCUCAGGAAAGUACAACAUUCAGCUGUUCUUGUCCACACUCCACUGACAGACGGUGUACUAUGUCAGCCUUUUUUAGCAGUUUAGGGAAUGCAGAACAAACGGUGGGGUUUGUAUUUAACUGCUUUAAGGAAAAUCAGUUAACUAUAGCUGACCUCCCCUCCUUAAGUGUUAGUGACCCUAAGAGGUCGAGGAGUCUGCUUUUGAAUGGUGUAUUCUGUUAAAACUGUAUAUUUUUUUGUAAUUGUAUUUUUCUUUUCUGCAAAAUUCUGCACUCCCAUUGGCUAGAAAUAUGGCAGUAGACAGUUAGCCUUUGUAAAAGGUGUGCCUAAAUGCCUGAUCUAGUGCAUGGUUUGGCCCUCACAUAGAGGCACACUCAUAAAAGCAGGGUCGGAGGUGAGUGUUCGAGGUCCUGUUGGUUAUGGCGUUCAACUGGCAAGGGUGAAACGGUUGACCUUGUUGCUCCAUGUACCAGUAUUCAAAGUCAAAAGAGGAGUUUUCAUUUUGUUACAGACCUGACAUUGCAUACUUUAUUUGUGUGUAUUGUUCUGUUCUGUGCUUUUUUGUUUUGUUUCUUUCUGAAUUUUAUCAGACUGGGCAGCUUUCUUUUAUGACACAAGCUGACUCUUUUUGACUUUAGAAAACCUAUUGUAGAGAAAAUGUUUUUUCUAUAAUAUAAAAGGAAACUCUGACAUUGAUAUUGGUACUGUCAUUUUUUUCACUUCUGUUUCAGGAAAAAAAACAAUACAUAUUUUUUAGCUCGCCUCUUGGGUAAUAAUUACUAAGAAAUUCAAAAUUUAAAAAAAUUACCACUCACUUUUAGUGACUUUAAGAUGCCUUUAACCUCUCCAUUCCAUCUCAUCUCUAGAGUUUUUCUAUCUUUGUGUAGUAUAUUAAUGCUAUUUUAAACAAAAGGAAUACAAAUAUCUAAAGGUCACUUGGCAUUCUUUUCUUUUGUUUUGUUUUUUACUUGUGUGUGUGUGUGUAUAGGAUGACUUCCUUACAUUUAAGAGGCAUGUAAAAAGGAGCUCAGUAUAUUUCUGUCUGUUUAUAUCGCUUCCCUUUUUGUAUCCUUUGUAAUUGUACAUGUUGCGUUGUAUGCUAAGAGAGAGCGCAAAAUAAAGAGAGGAGUGACACCUGGGCACACAGUGAAGGUUGAUUUGCGCUCAGCGGCCUCAACUCUACUCUGUCCCUGUAUGUAUUUCCAUUUAUUCUGUUUUUUUUCCUUUCUUUCUUAGCAAGUACUUUCAAAGAACUCUGUACAUUUUAACAUAAAAUGAAAAUAAAUUAUGUUGAGCCAUU